UCUCGGGUGUGGCAGACAUUCUUAGCUCUCUCCAGCACCCUCUCCGUCCACUUACCUUUCUCGCUCUGCGUAAAGACGCACGCAUCCAACCAGAACUCUCCCUGUUAGACAGAUUCCUGCUUUGUUUUUUGUUCCUACGUUUCCUCUUCAGACAUGUUUCGCUGUGGGGUCGACUACAAACGAUGCAGGUGGAUCAUGCCCCUGCUGCUGUUGUUCGCCGUCAUUUUUGACAUCAUCGCCGUCGCGGCCAAGUCCGGAUGGGUCGAGAACGAUGACGGACCUUCUCACUACGCCAGCAUGUGGGAUGAGUGCCGAGGAAUUGACGAAAACGUGAACUGCAGGACCCUCAUGGAUGAAAGUUGGGCAAAGGCUGUAGCAGCUCUGAUGAUUAUUGGCCUCAUCAUCCUCAUCAUUGCCUUCAUCCUUUCCAUCGUUGCCAUGUGUGGUACCCCCAGCAGCGGCUUUUUUAUCGGGAUUGGAGUUCUGCUAUUUAUCAUUGCGAUCCUCCAGAUCAUCGCUCUGAUCAUCUACCCCGUCAAUUUCAACGACAAGAUCUUCGAGGGCCAGUAUUUUUACACCUGGGCCUACGGGUUUGGGUGGGGCGCCACCAUCAUCUGCUUGGGCUGCAGCUUCAUCUUCUGCUUUCUGACAAAAUACAUAGAGGACAUAACCGGAAAUGAGAAGGUCAAAUACUUUUACGAAUCCAAUUAAAAACAAAAUUUUGUCAACCUGCCUAGUUACGGUAUUUCCCAUCCCUCCCACUGUCUUCCCCGUCAGUUGAACAUCAACACUGAGAAAGCAUAGUGGACCGUGACUGGGUGCUGCUCCAGCUUUAGUGCCUACAUCAUGGUUUUAGAUUUUGCCUUUAUGUCCAGACCCAUUUUUUUUCCCAAAAACAUAAAGAUUUUCCAUGUUUCUUCAGCGUUGCGUAAACUAUAGGUUUUAAAGCAGUAAUGCCAAAGUGCACUUACCUUGCUGACAAGCAAUCAAGAUUCAGGUGUGCCUUUUUUGCACAGGAUGAAUGAAUGUUUAUCAUCCUGUGUGAUACUUUUGGUACCUAUAGCGUCUCCAAAGCUUCAUUAACUCUACAUGUCAGAAGAAGGAUGGAAAGGCUCAUACAAGCAAAAAUCUACAUGUUUGGUUUAAAAAAAACAAGUUUUUGCACCUUUUUUGCUUUUAUAUAUACAAUUCACAUCUACUGAUUGUCUUAUUGUUUGUUUUUAUGUGGUAAUGUAGUCAAGAAGGGAGAUGCUGGGCUGAUUUUGAAUGUUAUUGAUAGCUGGAUACUGGGGCUAAUGUUGGAUCCACAUCAGCUGCGUUUCCAUUGACCAUCAAUUUCUGCUGUUCAAUAAAAAAAAAAAGAAAGAAUUGUGUUUUUCAAUGAUGACAUUUUUUAGCUAGGAAGAUAUUAUUUCUUUGGCCAUAUAAAAUUUUAAUAUAUUUCACAAAACCUGCAAUGAAAACACUUUUUUUGCAUCUCAUGAGUCACAACCAGACGUCACAGCUGGCAAAAGGAAGAAAUAUAAAAGUUAUCGUUUGAGCAAACUUAUUCCUUUUGGGACUUCAAUUGCAUUUUUUUACUUUAUAAAAACAGAAAUUGCAAAAUUGUGUUUCUAUGACAACCGAAUAGGUGCCCAUUUGUAAUGGAAAUGCAGCUACAGAUUCUUAGUUAAAUAUUUUCAGAAAUGUUCCAUAUUUCUAUUGAAUUAUCUAUUUAAAUACAAAUGUUCAUUGCAACAGUUUUAAUCUUUUUGAAAACUGUUACAAUAAAUAUUUUAAUAAACCCUGAAACAUAUCACAAGAUCCAACUGCAAUCUUUACCAUUAAUGUCAAUACUGGUUUAAAGGGAGCAAUAUCCAUUUAGCUUACUCUGUUUGUACUUUCAUGUAUAUGUUGGUUAUAUAGUCUUUUUCUAUUCAUUUCUUUUCAACUUUUUUUGACUUUUAAAAAUGCCAGGUUUGAUGGUGUUUGCUGGUUUGAUGAUAAAACAUAGACCAAAGUCUCCAACAUGACUCACUGUUUGAAAAGAAGCUGUGCCUUUACACUCUUGUUAAUCCUAAAGUAUUUAAUCAUACUGGAAGGACUGGUUUUACUCACGCAGUCUGCCCGAUGACAGAACCAAUUCCCUGCCCAGGCAUGAUUAUAUUUCUUUUAUAAGUUGAUACACAAAUUUUCCAAGGACAUCUUUUGAUGGUGAGUCAGUAAUUCAGAUGAAACUAUCUGUCGAACCCUAAAGCUGUUUAGUAAGAUGUAUUUUCUAACUUGGUAGAAGUUUUAAACUCAUAAUGGGCAAAGUUUUCUAUGUUUAACGUGGGAUUUUUACUGUAAAUCAUCAGUGCUUUUCUGUACUAAAGAGAAAUAUGUUUUUUUUUCUGCUAUUCUAUGAGCUAUUUUUGGUAGACUGUAUUUUUAAACAAUAAAGAGUUUUUAUGUAGAAGAA